AUGAGCCCCGAAACUAGAAGACAAGUCUUUUGUGGUAUUAACUCGAGAGCUAAGAUACCCCAUAUUUACUUAGAUAAAGAUAAGAGGGUUUCGAACGAUACUAGGGUUACCUUUGACGUAGAUAGCGUCUUAGCCUUCCCGAGUAACCUUGCUAUCGCUAAGCGGGGUAUUCGCUGGUCUCCUACUCGGAUAACCGUAUCCGAUCUUCAGUCUAACCUUCACCUUCGAUCAGUUCCGGUCACAUACCUCGAUAGGAAUAGAAAGCAGCAUCAAGUCCACCGGCCCAUGCACCAGAUUCCUCACUAUACAUUCGGCCGCGUUAUUAGGUUUAAAGACAUAUCCUUAUACCUUCUAUUCCCGAACCUAUAUCGAGAAGAGCAGACAUGCAGUAAGCUCAGGGAUAAAGACUUUCAGCUGUGGAUAGAUAGCAUUCUCCUCCCUGCGAUAUACCAAUGCUACAGCACGGCCCACGUCCAGCACUAUCCAUCGAGCUAUAACCACAGUCGUUAUAACUCUACCGCUCGUGGAGUAGAGACACUAUCUCGACGUGUGCAUACGGUGGCACGGGAACAGCAAUUAAUAUAUUUUCUACCACCGGAAGCGCUGGCAGAUAUGUGGGCUAAUAUCCUCGCCACAGUUUAA